UUUGGCUCUCUUUUAUUAUCUUUAUUUUCGCAGACGAGACAUUGAUGUCGAAGUCGCCGCGGCAAACGCAAUUUCUUCGAUUUCAGUACAUCAGAUAACAGAAAUGUCAGGUAAGCGAACUGCAACAACAGAAUUGAAUCACGACAACUGGAAUGAGGAGAACGAACCGGAGGAUGCAGGAACGUUUGCACUGGCUUCAAAUGAUAUACUUGAAAAGAGAGUUAUAAAAACAGCAAGGCGUCGUUUGCCAUCGAAGGACGGGAUUCCAACGAAAAGUGCAUUUGGGUCGUUUACAGGUUUCAAAACUAAUCCAAGUUUAUCUCCAUUCGGUUUUUUAGCUAAUACAAGCACUACUUCUAGUACGACUACUUCUACUGCAUCAGCAACGACUGUAAAUACAAGUAACAAGCAGACUGCUAGCAACGGUGCUCCUAAGAUUCCCGAAAUUGAUUCAGAUAAAAGAGAGGAUUUUACCAAAUUACAAACAUCAUCAAGUACAAGUACGAGCAAAAAAAAUUCAGUUGAACAAGGAACUGAAAAGACAAAGAGCCACUCGUCGGAUUAUUACGCAAAAUUGAAAGGACUAAAUGAAAGCGUUGCUACAUGGAUAAAGAGCCAUGUAGAUGCAAAUCCAUUUUGUAUAUUAACACCUAUAUUUAAGGAUUAUGAGAGAUAUUUGAAAGAAAUUACAUCAAAAGAAGAAAGUAGCAAGACACAAAUUUCGCAUACUUCAGAGCAUAUAACGCAGGCUGCGAAGAACGAUAUUAAAGAGAUAAGUUCAGAAAAGAAACCAGAAAAGUCAUUGUUUGGGAAUUCAAACGCGAAUGCAAAGUCUACUUUAACCACAGGAACAGAAUUAAAACCUGAGAAGUCAAUAUUUUCCAACAUCACCACGAAUACCAAAUCUGUAUUUAGUAAUACAGAACAGAAAACAGAAAAUCCCAAAUCUGUGUUUGGUAGUACAGAUAUAACUCCUGAUAAGAAUAAGUCUAUUUUUGGAAGCACAGAGUCAAACGUUGCUAGUAAAAGUGUAUUUGGCAAUACAAGUGUGGAAAGUCCCUUCGCAAACAAAUCUACCGUUUCAGAUAGUGGAAAUAAAGAUGAGGAGGAGAUAUCCUCCAACGCGAAGUCUGUGGCCCCUACUUUUCCCACUUUUAGUUUUGGACAGAGUUCUACUACCAGUAACGUGUCUGCUGGAUUUAGUUUCGGAAGUGCAAAGCCAUUUUCAUUUGCUCCUCAAGCAGUAAAACCACAAGAGAAAACCGAGGACAAAACAAGCAAUGAAAAUAAAGAUGAAGAAGAUGAAGAACCGCCGAAACAAGAAUUCAAACUGGUAACUGAAGAAGGUGCUACUUAUGAACAAAGGUGUAAAGUCUUCGUAAAGAAAGACAACGUUUAUACUGAUAGAGGCAUCGGAAUGUUGUAUCUGAAACCAACACCGAAUGGAAAGACGCAAUUAAUAGUACGAGCCAAUACUGCUUUGGGUAAUUUGUUACUCAAUACCCUAUUGACUCAAAGCAUUCCCACGAAGCGCAUGAACAAGAAUACGAUAAUGUUGGUCUGCCUACCAAUGCCAGAUUCUUCACCACCACCAGUCUCAGUGCUGUUAAGAGUGAAAACUAGUGAAAACGCGGAUGAAUUACUGGAAGCGUUGAAUAAACAUAAAAAGUAGAAAGUACACGAAAUUUGACUUAACGUAUUUGAACGACGUUUUUUUUUGACGUUACUUUAAAGCUUGAAGAAUGAAGCAAAUGCUAAUCCAUGGAAUAUUUGUUCAUCAAUGUAAUGAUUUUGUAUUGAACUUUAUUCUCAUCAUUCCAUAAAAUCUAAAUUUUGCGAUUGCCUAGGAACUUAACAUGAUCAUGAGAAGCAUGUAUGAUGUAAGAAUACAAGGUUUCAUUCUCGAGAUACGCGAUUAGUCAAAAAAUUAGUCCAAAAUGUUAUAAAUCAAUAUAGAGGUGAUAUUUCAUUUAUCCGUUUUUGUUGUACAACAAAGGCUGCAGGACAAAGCACGAGUGGCAACCUUCAAAGACCGGAAACCUCCCAGAGAAUAUCUUUGCCCACAGAAACACCUCUCAAAAAACCGCCGUUCGGAAUUGACAUUAAAACUAGGUCCCAUUCAAUUGAAUAAUCAACGGGCGCACCACAAA